AUGUCUACUCAAGACAAGGCUCAACAGUACCUCGGUCAGCUCGACCGCGAGCUCUCCAAGUACCCCGCCCUUAACAACCUCGAGAAGACGUCGGGCGUCCCCAAGGCCUACGCCGCCAUCGGCGUUGGCGCUCUCUACUUUUUCCUCAUCAUCUUCAACCUGGGCGGCCAGCUUCUGACCAACUUUGCUGGUUUCGUCAUUCCCGGCUACUACUCACUGGCCGCUCUCUUCACUGCCAACAAGGAGGAUGACACUCAGUGGCUGACUUAUUGGGUCGUUUUCUCCUUCUUCACCGUGCUCGAGAGCUUCGUCCAGGUUGUCCACUGGUUCCCCUUCUACUACGUCUUCAAGUUCAUCUUCCUCCUCUGGCUCUCUCUCCCUGCUUUCCGUGGCGCUGAGCUUCUUUUCCGAUCUUUCCUGGCCCCUACCCUCGGCCGAUACUUCCAGUCUGCCUCUACUGCCUCUGGCCUUCGCGCCAAGGCCGACGGUCUGGACAAGACCGAAUAA